AUGUCUGAUUCUGCAGAACUGCAAGACUUUGAAGUGCUUUUAGAAGACAAUUUCAACCAUAGUCAAUUCGCUAGAGAACUUAUUAGAGCCAUCAACAACAAAUUCGACACUACGAAGCUGGACCUCUACACUCCAUUGAAGCAAGUAAACUAUGAUAUCGUUGAAGUAGAUAAGAGAAUUGAUCGAAUCAUCAAAGAUGAACCACUAAAGCUUCUGGAACAGCUUGACAAAAGGAAACUAGGGCGGGAAAAGGUGGGGACCACCUUGAAACCGAGUCUGGAUUAUCUCACGGCUUCAUUUGAAAGACUCCAAACAGCAGUCUUAGAGCCCUAUGAAGAUGCUUUGAAGCUACAGUCCGCCCUUGGAAAGAUCCAUCAGACCUCUCACUUGUUGCGGGACGCCUUGAUUUAUAUGCAUAUGGCCGCACAGGUAGAGUCGCUACCGCUACAGGUUAAGGACCCCUCGCGUGUGAGCCAUUUGUCGACAUUGUUCUCACAACUGCGCAUAAACUUGGAACAGAACCCGAACCUUAGGUCACUACAGUUGAUAAAGAAGCUAGAAGAGGGUCCACUGAGAGAGAAGCGUGGCGCCCUACUAAAAUACGUGUUAGAAACUCUGCUCGGGUAUUGCGAGGACAAUCAUAAGCUUAAGCAUAAUCUUCCCGAGGUUCAGAAGCUUCUGGUUACGCUAUACUCUCUAUCGCCGAGGGAAUUUUCCGCCGUUCUAGAUAAAGUGGCUCUUAAGAAGAUACAGGCAUCUCAUCAGGCGUUAACGAAGACGAUAACUGCAGUUAGAACUCUCAAUACAGUAAUGGAAGAUGUCGUAAGUAAUGGCGUUGCACUCCAUCAUUUAGAAAAGACACUGGAAGAAAUACCGCUGGAAACCACAACUCUUCACGCUGAAUACAUAUCCCGGAAGAAAUACUCAUCAAUAACAGCCAAUUACUGGAUACAAGUGGCGAACGCAUAUAAACGUGAAUUCGAGAUAUCAUACCGUAGGGGUGGACCAGUAGGAAAGUCGUUGUCAAAUAACGCUGUGUUUAUAAGGAACACUAUUACUGAAAGUAUGAAAAAGGGUUGGAAUAUAGAUGGGCUAAAAGAAUAUCAAGAAGCAUUACUCGCGUCUAUUUCCAUUUUAGAUAAUAGAAGGAAGACAUGA